AUGGAUAGUUUCUUUGGUCGAAAGAAGGCCAAAACGCGGCAUUCGAGUGUUUCUGGCGUCACAGAACUCAACGAAAGCGCUUCUGUUCCGUAUGACAAGUUGCCGUCUCCUCGUUCUCCUUUGCCCGUGGGCACCAUAUCCCAAGGAGUGAUCAACGGCGGCGUCAUAUCUGCACCGAUGACAAACCCGACAUUGACCUCAGAUGGCGUCGAGCUCAACAAAUACAUGAUACAGCGGAGUAGAGCUGAGCGGGAUAAGGCUUACGACCUCUAUCCAAAUCACCGGCCAGCAUCACCCAAUACUACCGUCUCUUGGUCUGAUUCAUCGACUGCAUACAGCGAUUCGUUUCAGUCUAAACCUCCUCGGGAUCCUCAGACAGCCCGUGCUCGCCGCAGUGAGGCCUCUUCAACCUCAUCCGUACAUUCUCGCAGCCCAAAUAUGUCUGAUUUCGGUCAAAUUCCUAGCCAACAUCCUUCCUCCUCCUCCACUAUUAGGCCGACGUCGACAAUGACAACCCGCUCAGAGGGCCAUCGGCUAUCGAAAUAUGCCCCUUCCCUCGUUGCCUCCGAUGUAGGAUCACAUCUUUCACAUCUUUACCAUCCUCACCGAAGUCAUAAUCCAGACGAAUUCGAACUUCCUCGGCCGACAGACGAUGAAAUCGAGGCCUUGUUUGAACAGGUCAAGCUUACUCGUGGUGUGGAUGACUUGAAUCUCCCUGUAGAGCAGAAGUGGAAUCUGGUGAAGAGCGAUUUGCACAUACGGUGGAAGGAGGAGAAGACUAGAGAUGAACAGGCAAAGAGGCAAAUUGAGACCGGACAAUCUUCUGCUAUAAUCGUCGACACACCUGAGUGGUAUGUGAGGAAGUUCUUGGACAAGACCAUUACUCCGAAGCAGGCUAGUAGUCUGCAAGUGUCAUUGAGAAGUAAGGAAGAAUUCUGUAGCUGGUUCCAUCACUUUAUUGAAAUACAGGGAACGUCUGUGCUGGCGCAGACGUUGAAUCAUAUCAGUCGGAAAGGCUCAUCACGUCGUGAACAUGAUAUCCAACUAGAAUACGAGGUCGCCAAAUGUUUGAAGCAUAUUUUCAACAACCACUCUGCUACCGACAAAGCUCUCGCUCAUCCUCAAAUUGUCACACAAGUUGCAUCAUCUUUGAACAGUCCUCAUAUCCCUACACGCAAACUUCUCUUGGAUCUUCUCUCCUUCCUCACAUACUGGAAUGAGGGAAAAAUUCAACCUGUGGUUGUCUCCGCGCUUGAAGUUCUUAGCUCUUCGAAUAAUGAGAACGGAGGGGUCUACGAUUUUUGGUUCAAAUCAUUCGAGCAGACUCUAUCUGGGCGCGGGAAAAUGGGCAGUUUGGUCGGGGCCAGUGAGGACGUUAAAAAAGCAGGAGGCAUAGACACAAAUUUGAAUGAUUAUGCGCUUUCGAAUCUCAUUCUUAUCGUUGGUAUCCUCGAUUUCAUCGAAGAUCUGGACCUACGGCUACAUCAUCGCUCUCGAAUGGAGUCCGCUGGUUUGCAUCAUAUCAUCGCGCUGUGUCAAGAGUUCAAUGUACCCAACAUUGACAAGAAGCUUCGCCAACUUCAGGGAUCUUUUGACGAAGAUGAGCGUAAUCUACGAAGCCAGUUAGACCAGGAAAUUCUUAAAGAUCUCAAUAAUCCCGGAGACGUGUAUAAGGCGAUAUUUGCCAAAAUCGAGAGCUCGAAAGCCCGAGACUACUUCCUCUCCAUGAUGCAACAUUUGUUGCUCAUCAGAGAGGAAGGUGAACCUAUGGUGCAUUAUUACCAACUCAUUGACUCGAUGGUCACGGAUAUAGUAAUGGACAAAAAAUUAGCUGGGGCGGAGCAGCGUUUUGGGCAUUCUGUAGAACGUAUCAUUGCUCAGUUUAACGAGACAGGCCGUUUGCAAGAGGUAGAAGAUGAGCUGCAGAAAUCACGAUCUGAAGCUCUACGGCUUAAACUAGAAAAUGACGCAUUGCUUGACGAGAUAUCGAAGGGCCAGGAGGGGAUGGUCGGGCGAUUGAAAGAAGAGAUGUUGCGACUGGAGCAGAAGCUGGCCACAUCGCGAGAGACUACUGCGAGGUUACAGAAUCAGGUGGAAUCUGAAAGGGCAGAGUACGAAGACCAGAUAAACCAGCUUGAAACUCAAAUUAUUGAGUUGUUUCGGAUGCUCAAAGAAGUCGGAAGAGGUGUGACUACCGUCCUCGACACUGGAGGCAUGGAUCGGAAAACACUGGUUCAGACUUUGGAAAAGCAGUUUCAACGAACCCAAACUAUCAAUAAACUGGAAGGGAAGGAUGUCUUUGGACGCAGGAGAAAGAAGGAAGGAGGAUUUGAGGAGUCUGAUGAUGAUGACAGGGAGGAUACUCCUGGAAAAUCUUCGCUACGACGGUCUAGAGUGCUCACUAGCAAGAAAUCUCUCUCCAAAAAGGGAGACAAGGCGGAAGAUUCAAAUCGCGCCUCGCAGUUCAUGGACGCCGAAGAUGCUCAUGCAGAGGAGCAGAUUCAGCAACAAUUAAAUGCCGGUGCAUCUUUCGUCAGUGUGAACAACUCUCCAUCAUCCAUCUCACGUAGCAUCCGAGGAUCUCCACGCCCAGGUGGUUCGAAAACAAGUGACAAACUGGCAGGCCGAUACGAUCACUUAGAAGACUUCGUAAGUGGAGGGGACUCUUCCCUUCAAUAUGUGCGAGGCGAAGAUUCAACCGACGACGACUCAUCGAAACGACUAACACACCCUACUAACGACAAUGUACCAACCUCCGUGAGCUCUGACGGCUCUCAUGAUACUGGAAUCACUCCCGGCCAGGGAUCAUUAGCUGAUCAACUUAGUAAGCACAUACUUCUCCGAAACAACACUCGAUCUUCCGCAGAUAAAGCACCAACAUUAGCGGUAAAUACUGUAUCCCCUCAAUUAGCCUCCCCGUUACCACGCUCUGCCCAGACUGCUCCUCCCCCACCACCACCUCCACCACCUCCACCACCUCCCCCUCCGCCGCCACCUCCGCCGCCCCCGCCACUGGCCGCUGGGGGGUUUCCUGCGCCACCCCCACCCCCACCUCCGCCGCCUAUCGGUUUCAAAGGCUUCCCUGGAAGUGCACCAUCGUCCAGUUCAUCUUCUUUGGCCAGUUCUCCAGCACCUCCGCCACCUCCGAUGCCUGGUUCGGCUCGAUCAAAUACAAGCUUUGGGUCUAAUCCCAAUUCUGCACGAGCCUCCAUGCUACUAGGCGCGAACCCACUCUCCGCUCGCAAAGAUUUACCUAUCACUCCCAAUAUCAAGAUGAAACAGUUACAAUGGGAUAAACUUCCACAGCAGCAGGUGGCAAAGACUGUGUGGAAUGAAGAUCAACCCUCGAGAGAAAAUGAAAUGAUCAAAAUUCUGAAAGAUGACGGUGUUUGGAUGGAGAUGGAAGAAGACUUCAAGGCCAAACAAUUGGUGAUUAAUUUAAUGGCCCGACAAAAACGCGCAGAGCUUAAAAGCGUUUUGGACGUUGAGACAAAGAAACGUGUCGAAAUUCUUAUACAAGGCGUCAAGAAGCUUGAGCCUGAGGAGAUCGCACGCAAAAUUCAGCAAUUCGAUCAGGAUCUGUGUACGCAGGUGUUCCUUAGUGAACUGAAACGCGUGGGCAAGCUCAAUGUGUAUCGCAAUGCAGAUCCAAAAGAGCUAGCUGAGCUGCAUCCUGCCGACCGACUUAUGGUGAAAUUGAUCCAAAUUGAUCGCUUGGGUCCUCGUAUAGAGGGUAUGCUCUACAAAUGUGCAUUCGACGAGAGAUGGUCUCUCUUGGAUGAUGGUGCACAAAAGCUCACUGAGGCUGGCAAUGCGCUACUGAACGCCAAAUCUUUCAAAGAGUUGUUGAGCCUCAUCUUGCUGGUCGGUAAUUACAUGAAUGGCUCUGGUAUCAAAGGAGGCGCUUUCGGGUUCCGUGUCAGCAGUGUAAACAAGCUCGUCGACACGAAAUCUGUCAACAACACCACGUUAUUACAUUUUCUUGAGAGGACGGUUGUCAAGCAUUUUCCUGCCAUGGAAGAAUUUUUGGAAGAACUUGAGAAGCCUGCCGAGGCUUAUCGAGUAAACUUACAGGAAGUGCGGAAAGGGCACAUUGAUCUGCGGGACGGGCUGAAGCAGAUUCGCAAAGAGCUUGGAGACCAUUUCGCAGAUAUGAACCGGAACGACCAGUUUGGCAUAAGGAUGUGGUCCUUUGUUAAAAAAGCGAAUGCUCAAGUAGAAGAUCUGGGCGACGACGUUAAUUCUGCCAGCGCUGUGUUCACCGAGGUUGUUAAAUAUUACGGCGAAGAAGACAGGAAUAUGACCUCUUCGGAGUUCUAUGCCAUUUUCAAGACCUUUGUAACUUCUUAUAGGAAAUGCAAAGCAGAUAAUCAGAGUUUCGCGGAGGCACGGCUUGCAGUUGAGAAACGUAAACAAGUCGCGCAAGAAAUGAGGGAGAAUCGUGAAAAGGCGGCUGCAGCGAACAAUGAAUCAGAUGACGUUCUUGAUAGUCUACUCGAGAAGUUGCGGAAUGGUGAAGGUGGUCGGAAAUCGCGGAGAACGAGAGGGACAGCAGAAGCUCAGCCCGCGAUCCCAUUGACUCUUCAAUUGGACAGUAGCGCGGUGAACGACACUGCUGACAUCGCUCGCGAUAUGUUGGCCCAGCUUCAGUCAAACGGUUUUGCACCUAUGCCUUCCCCCACAGCAACGUCAAAUCCUUCUACCAGGCGCAGAACUCGACGAAGAAUGGAGGCGCCUACCAGCGAUAGCCUUCUAGAUCUUCGAACUCCCACUUCUCCACUUGCAGUCGAGGUCGAGUUGGACUUGGGCAGUGAAACGGACUCAUGA